AUGAGAUGGGAGAGGGUCCGACAAGUGGGUCUCGGUGAAUCUUCUUCUUCCGGGCCCGGAAAGAGAUGGGGACACACUUGUAACGCCAUUAAAGGAGGCAGAUUUCUCUACGUAUUUGGUGGUUUUGGUAAAGACGAUUGCUUAACCAAUCAAAUUCAUGUCUUCGACGCUGAAACGCAGAUAUGGACUCAGCCUGUAAUCAAUGGCGUACCACCACGCCCAAGGGAUAGUCACAGCUGUACAACAGUUGGGGAUAACCUUUUUGUGUUUGGUGGUACUGAUGGGAGCAAUCAUCUCAAGGAUCUGCACAUUCUAGAUACUUCUUCACAUACUUGGAUUUGCCCGGAUGUUAGAGGCGAAGGACCUGAGGCUAGAGAGGCUCAUAGUGCGACACUCGUUGACAAAUGUCUUUUUAUAUUUGGCGGCUGUGGGAAAUCUUCUGGCUCGGAUGAUGAAGUAUUCUAUAAUGACCUUUACAUACUUAACACAGAGACUUUAGUGUGGAAACGAGCUGUAACAACUGGGAAUCCGCCUUCUGCACGAGAUAGCCACACUUGUUCAGUGUGGAAGAACAAAAUGAUUGUAGUAGGUGGUGAAGAUUUGAAUGACUAUUAUCUAUCCGAUGUUCAUAUCCUUGACACAGAGACUUUUGUGUGGAAGGAGUUGAAAACUUCAGGGCAGGUUUUAACACCUCGAGCCGGUCAUGUCACCAUUGCAUUUGAGAGGAACUUAUUUGUAUUUGGAGGAUUUACAAAUUCUCAGAAUCUUUACGAUGAUCUCUAUGUGCUUGAUGUGGAAACGGGUGUGUGGUCUAAGGUAGUUGCCAUGGAAGAAGGGCCAUCAGCUAGAUUCUCUUCUGCAGCGGUUUGUUUAGGUCCUUACAAGGCUGGUUUGUUUUUCUUUGUUGGUGGCUGCAAUAAGAAUCUUGAGCCAUUGGAUGACAUUUACUACUUACACACAGAAGGACGAUUCGAUGCACGGUUUGAUCAAAAUCCAGGGAGGUUGUUGUCUCUGAGGAAACAAAUGAAGCUAAAAUGUCAAGAGCAGAAAUUAGCUGUGGCCGGAAACAAUAUUGAUCAAGGAAGAGAGAAUCUCCCUUUGAGGAUUGGCCAGAUUGAUCAAGGAAAACCGAUGUUUCAAGCCAGGGUUACCGAAAACGUUCCUUUAGGUUACACUAUAGAAACGAUCAUUGAUGGAAAAGUGCUUCGUGGUGUUUUGUUUUCAAACAGACACAGCUCUGUUCAAACUGUGGCAGAUCCAAGCUUUAGUAGCAGGAAGAGACCUACUAUGUCGGAUGCCGAGUGUGAUCAUAGAGGAAAGACACCAAGAACUUUGAGCAAGGACACAGCAGGUAGUAGUAGCCAACAAGCUGAUCCUCUCGAUCCUUCUGAUGAUGCUAACAAGAAGGUUGCGGAUUCAAAUGAUAUGGACACACCCAUGAUCGACACUGACGAUGUUAAUAAAAACACUGAGGGACCAGAGGAGGCAAAAGCCGCUGAUGUUACAUCUGAUGUCAAAGAACAAGAUCUUUCUCAGCUCGAUAUGGGCAUUGUGAACGCAGAACCAUCACUGGUUACUCUUGAUCAGGCGAAAAAUGUAGAGCCAUUGAGAAAUGAGGUAUCAACAGACGUUGGAGCUGCUCUUGAUCAGGCGAAUGUUAAGCCAUUGAGUAAUGAGAUAUUAACAGACGUUGGAGCUGCUCUUGAUCAGGCGAAUGCAGAGCCAUUGAGAAAUGAGAUAUCAACAGAUGUUGGAGCUCCUCUUGAUCAGGCGAAUGUAAAGCCAUUGGGAAAUGAGAUAUCAACAGACGUUGGAGCUGCUGCUAAAGCUGGUCCUGGAGAAGAUUCAUCGCCACAAAACCAUGAUGAGGGAAGAGUUGCUGCGGAAGAUGCAAAUGCAGAGCAAGAACAACCGUUACCGCAUUAA